AGUCUCCUCCCUCCUGCCUGUUCCGUGGGAGGCCAAGCCUGAAUGUGGGGGCAGGGCUCUCUGAGGGGUGAACCCCACGGGCUGCGGUGUGUGGGUCCGAGUCAGCUGCUGUGUGGCUGCGGUGGCCCAGUAUGUUGGGACAUCACCUGUCUGUGCUCGGCAGCCCUGAGUGAGGCAUGAUUCUCCAACCUGGCAGGAGAGAGACUGAGGCUGAGGGGUCAGGGGACCCUCCAUCCAUCCAUCCAUCCAUCCAUCCAUCCAUCCAUCCAUCCAUCCGUGGCCUCUGUGCCAAGCCUGGAGCCGGCACUACCCCUAAGCAGGCAAAUGAAAGAUGCUUUUCCAAGGGAGCUUCCAGCCCAGAGGUGUUCCCGCCUUUGAGCUGCUCUGGCCAUAUUUUAAAAUGCUGGGAGAUUUCCUGCGGGUUGGGCUGGGCAUCGUGUGAUGACAGUGACAGUUCGGUUAGGAGCACCUCUGGGCUGUGGGCUCUCCUGCCUUAUUUAACUACACACUUGGUCCUUCUACCCACCCCAGUAGGUAGGUAUUCUCCCUUAUUUGUGGCAAGAAAAUGAGAUGUAUACCUCAUCACUGGGAGGCCCAGAAUGUAAAUCAGGGCUGUAUGAUUCUUAACAUUAGGAACAAUGAUGAUGCUAAGUUGUAGCUGAUAUUUAUUGGAUGCAUGCUGCGUGCUGGCCAGGAUGCUCAGACCUCUGUAUUUAAUCUUUGUGAUAAUCGUAUACAGCGGGUACUAUUAUUAUCCCCAUUUGAAACAUGAGAAAUCAAAAGCAAAGAAAGGUUGAGGCAUUUGCCGGAGACCAUGCACGUCAGCUGGGAGCUGGCAGAGCUGGGAUUCGAAUAGCACCAAUUCGUUUUAUUACCACAAGGUGCUCAGGGCGGCCAGACAGGGUCUGUUUUGGAUGUAAGAGACAGCAAUCCCUCUCCCAAACAGAAGUUUAUGUCUGUCUUAUUUGAAUGAAGCCUGGGGGUGAAGCAGCUCAGGGUUUCUACAUCACAACCCAAGGUGGCUACUCUAGCUCCACCCAUUACCUCUGCAUCCCAGGUGACCAGAGUUAGAGCUGAAGAGGGGCAGUGCCUCCUUUUAAGAACAAUUCUCAUGAGAUCUUCCUGUUUAAAUUCUAUCGGUCUUAACAUAGUCACAUGAGCACAUCUAGCUGUAGGGAUGCUAAGCCAAAAAUCUAGCUCCCCCACAGUCAAAGAAAACACAGACCUGGAUAGUUGUUAAAAAUAGUAAACACAGAUUUUAUUGAGGGCUCUUGCAGUAGGGGAAAAGAGCCGUUGGUCUUGAACCCAGUUCGACGCCGAAUACGGCAUGGGCAAGUGGGAGUUUAUAGCCAAGGAGCAGCUUAAAAUCAUUGCGUGGAAACUUAAUGCGGGGGAGACGUCAGGGGCGAGGGGAGGAUUCUGGCUAAACCCACCCGACAGGAUCUUUGCUGAGGGCAAGCCGGGUGAUCAGAUGUCACCUGGGGGUGAUACCAGAUGUGAGGCUGACCAGGCAUCAGAGUGGGGGACUCUUGCUAAACUCAAACAGCAGGGUUUUGUUAAAAUUGGAUUUUACAGGAAGGGCACAGGUGGGCCUGUGAUAGAUUUUGGGAGCCUGACUCAAGUCUGGUCAAGUAAAGAACCUUUGUCUCCGCUUGGGGAGGAGAGGUGAAGGAGUAUGGCCCUUCCUGCACCCCAGAGUCCUGCUUCAUAGGACACUGUGGCCCCUGCCAUUUGGAGAGGCACCAGGCAUGGGGGCCCAACCACCCUGUGUGAGCCACCCAAAGCUGUCAGGUAACAAGAGAGAGGAGGCUUAAGCCCAUGGCACCUGUAAUUUCCCGUGUUUUGACCCAGGGGCAGCCAGUCAGUGGGUGCCGGUUUCUGCCGGACAAGAACUCCUGACCCACAUCCUCCCUCCAGAGGCCAAACAGGCAGGACAGGUCUCACAGUGUGGGCGUUUCUGACCCAGAUGCAGGACAGCGGCCAGCACUGGGCAGGGGUGGGGGGUGACUUACCAAGGCCAUCCGUCUGGGCUCAGUUCUGUUUCUCUUGCAGGGGGUGCAGAUAGGGGUCACAGGAUUAUCCUUGAUGAUCGCAAGUUAUUUCAGACUAAAUGACACGAAGAAAGCAACUAAUACCUGUCACUUUCUACAAAGCUGUUUUACAAAACAUCUGACUUGCUGCCACCCUGGAGGCAGGGAGAGGCUAAGGAAUGUGGCCCCACCUAGGAAGGAAACCCCUGACCUCACCAAAGCCCCUUUCUCCCUGUCGGAGGCCAUCAGCCCUGUGUGUUGUGGACCGAGCCCUCGGGAGGGGAAGCAGCACCAGGUGGUGAACUAAGAACUUCCUCCCCCUUCCUGGGAGCCCAGGGUGUGGGGCCAUGUCCUGACUCAGGCCACAUGGAGCCUCGGUGGGAAUCCAGGCCAGUGAGGUGCCACCCUUGCUGACAUGAUGAUUAACGAGCGAUGCCGGGGUCUCCUCUACGUGGCCAGCAGAGAGCUGGAGCUCCGAGGGCCCUGGGAAGGUGGGAUGCUAUGGAAUAUGAUGAGAAGCUGGCCCGGUUCCGGCAGGCCCAUCUCAACCCCUUCAACAAGCAGCUGGGGCCAAGGCAGCAUGAGCAGAGGGCCAGCGAGGAGGCCCCAGACUUCGCUUCUGAAGAGGCCCUGCCUGAGUUGCCCCCUGGAGAGCCAGAAUUCCACUGCACUGAGCGAGUGAUGGAUCUCGGCCUUUCGGAGGACCACUUCUCCCGCCCUGUGGGUCUCUUCCUGGCCUCUGACAUUCAGCAGCUGCGGCAGGCCAUCGAGGAGUGCAAGCAGGUGAUUCUGGAGCUGCCCGAGCACUCGGAGAAGCAGAAGGAUGCCGUAGUUCGGCUCAUCCACCUCCGGCUAAAACUCCAGGAGCUGAAGGACCCCAACGAGGACGAGCCCAACAUCCGAGUCCUCCUCGAGCACCGUUUCUACAAGGAGAAGAGCAAGAGUGUCAAGCAAACCUGUGACAAGUGCAACACCAUUAUCUGGGGGCUCAUUCAGACCUGGUACACCUGUACAGGCUGUUAUUACCGCUGUCAUAGCAAGUGCUUGAACCUCAUCUCCAAGCCCUGCGUGCGCUCCAAAGUCAGCCACCAAGCGGAAUACGAGCUGAACAUCUGCCCCGAGACAGGGCUGGACAGCCAGGAUUACCGCUGCGCGGAGUGCCGGGCGCCCAUCUCUCUGCGGGGCGUGCCCAGCGAGGCCCGGCAGUGUGACUAUACCGGCCAGUACUACUGCAGCCAUUGCCACUGGAAUGACCUGGCUAUCAUCCCUGCACGAGUUGUGCACAACUGGGACUUUGAGCCGCGCAAGGUGUCCCGCUGCAGCAUGCGCUACCUGGCACUGAUGGUGUCUCGUCCGGUCCUCAGGCUCCGCGAGAUCAACCCUCUGCUCUUCAACUACGUGGAGGAGCUGGUGGAGAUCAGGAAGCUGCGCCAGGACAUCCUCCUCAUGAAGCCAUACUUCAUCACUUGCAAGGAGGCCAUGGAGGCACGUCUGCUCCUGCAGGACCUGCUGGAUGCGCACACGGGCCGCCUCAGCUGCUCGCUCACGGAGACCCACACACUCUUUGCCAAGCACAUCAAGCUGGACUGUGAGCGGUGUCAGGCCAAGGGCUUCGUAUGCGAGCUCUGCAGAGAGGGUGAUGUGCUGUUCCCCUUCGACAGCCACACGUCCGUGUGCACCGAGUGCUCUGCUGUCUUCCACAGGGACUGCUACUAUGACAACUCUACCACGUGCCCCAAGUGUGCCCGGCUCACCUUGCGGAAGCAGUCACUCUUCCAGGAGCCUGGUCCAGAUGUGGAUGCCUAGAGCAGCAGGCAACCCCCCCCCACCCCCACCCAAGCCUUUCUGGCAUCCAACCUGCUGGUCAUUGCCAAAGUCAAGGUGUUUUUUGUGUUCUGGAGACCCCAAGGGUGCAGCCCCUGGACGUCUCCCUUGUGCUGGGCCGGAGGGGUGUAAGCAGCACCAUGAGGCCCGUCAUCUGUCUCCCAGGCAUCUGCUGGGAUGUGGUGCAGCCUGGCUCUUUGCUGGGUGUGCUGCUGUGAAGGCUUCAGGGCUCCGUAAGCAGGGGAGUGGGCAAAGGGCGUCUCACCUCCCCGGUGGCAAAGAGCCUUGGGGCCGAGGCUGCUGGGCUUUGGCCACCCUGAAAACCCAGAGAGGACUUUGUGGGAGUAGCCAACAAACCCUGGGGAUGCUGGCUACAUACACCCAGACUUGGCCUGAGGAAAAUCUGCAGUGGAUGAUUUGGAUCUACCUGGAGGCUCCCAUCCCCCAGCCCCUUGUCUGUUUGGAGGCUUCUAGUUGUCUCUGGCUGGGGUCGUCCACGACUGUCUCCUGAGGGCUCUGCCCCUGCCUCUUGAGGUUCUGUCUCUAGGUUCUCCUCUGACAGGACCAGCCCAGGGGUUACCUGUUCUGCACAAUGUGGAGGGAAGGGGGCCGUGGUGUCUUCCUCCUACUCCCCCUGCCGCUGCUCAGCCCAGCCUACCCUGGUGCUCCAGGCUAGGUGGCUGGGGGUCCAGUUGGGAGAGGCUGUCCUGCUUCCCAGUUUGGAGCAGGGACUAUGCCCCUGGGGGAAUUCUAGGUUAGGCAACGGGGUUGGCAGCAGCAGGCCUGUGUGGCUCUUCUGGGAACUCUCUGUCUGAGGAGCUCCAUGCUGCUGCCACAGUGCCUGCGGAGGGCUCUGGACGGCCCAGAGACCACCAGCCAGUGGUCUUUGGCUUGGGGCCUGGAGGUGCUGGGAGUAUUUGCUCAAGGGAGCUUUGGGCAGGAAUCUUAGAGCCCAUGCGGGAAGCCUGGAGCACAGGAUGUGGAAGGUCCGGUACACCAGCUGACAAAUGGGACCCUCAGGCAGAGGGUGAGAACCCACAGGUUCUUCACUGGUGGAGCCACAGUCAACCUCAGUGUUUGCAGGGACGUUUUGUGCUUUAGAGACCUUGCCAUUGAGGGGGGAGUCCUGUGGGAAGGGGACAUUUCAGGAUGUGGCUCUCCAGCCUUUUGUGCCCUCUUGCCCAGACUGUGGUCAGCUGUUGAUGCACAUGGUUGACAUACAUAUGUGGUGGGGGUGGGGUGGGCAGGGAACAUAGCCACUUGGGUAUCCAUCACCUUUGGCUAGGAAACCCAAGAGGAGAUGCUUCAGCCAGCAGAAAAGUCGGCUUAGCCUGGUGGAGGAUCAGAGGGGUGGCUAAAGACCGUGUCCCCUCCUCCUGGCUCUUCUGCGCCAUCAGAAAAGCCUCCGUUGGUGGCUUUAGGCAAUCCUCUCGCUGAGUGUUCUGAUCCGCCUUGGGGUAACAGUGAGAAGCAAACAUUGGUGAGGUUGGGUCAACAGGUCCCUGCCCUGCUUCCCCUUCCUCUCGAGGGCUGAAGAGGGGCUUAAGGUCCAGAUGCCCUUUUCCUGCACCCCCAGAUCCACACAUUUUCCACCACUGCUUUCCAUUUCUGUCAGAAGGAUACUGGCCAUUCCCGGCUUUACCGCGUAAUGGACGUCACAUCAUUGUAGUUACAAUCGCCACGUCCAUAGAAAGCGUUAAUAAGUUGCCAUCUGCUGGACGAGGAGUUGGCCCCCUUUUCUUUUUAACAACCCCCAUUCCCUCCUCCCCCCAUAUCGCCAUCGUCCCCUUCUGGAUGACCGAGUCUUUAAACAAGAUCACGUGUGGGUCUUGGAAUCCGAGCACUGUAGCCAGAACCCACCAAAGAGCCAGUUUGCACGGCCAGCGCUUCACAGAAAAGCAGCAAGGGACACCUGGUUGUACUGACACCAUAGCCGCUGUCUCAUUAAAUCUGUGUUCUCUAGAC